ACCAACCCCAUCGCCGCCGCCGCCGCCGACCUCCUCUCCCCCAACCCCACCGCCGGCGCCCCCCACCUCACCAGCAGCCACUGCCAUGGACAGAGAGCCGCUGCCUCUCUCGGCGCCCGAAGCCCUAGCUCAGGCCGCCGCGACCCACCCGUUGCGUCCCACGUUCACGCGCGAGAUCUGUCCCAUAGCGAUGCUCGAUCCAGGCAGGCCCGAGGAAGGAGAGCAGUCGGCUCCCUUCCUCCUCUCCGGUGAGCCUGAGCGAGCACCCACUCCCCCCAUGACCACAAAUCCACCCCCGGUUCCUCCAUCCUCCCUCCAGUCUCCGACGCUGUCGCCGCCCAGCCACGGAGUACCACCGCAACACCUGGUAUGGCGCACCACGUCCACCCAUCGCCGGUGACCUCCCACAGCUCCGACCCUAGCUGCCUCCUAGCACACUGCAGCUUCACCAGCCUCCCCCUCCCCACCUCCUCUGCACCGCCGCUGGACCAGCGUGCCGCGUUGCCCUCAGAUCCGGCUUCCAGGAGCUGCCACGGUCGUUCAGCAAGUAGCAGUGCGUGCAUCAUUGGUGGUGCGUGCAGUCCGCAUCCCCUUCGCAUGCCUGCACUACGGUUCCCUGGUGUAGUUCAAUUUCAUUGUGAGAAUCCAUGGCGCUGGCCGCGCCGCACCUUUUCCUGCUUCUUCUCGUCUGAGGCGAGCACCAGCGAUUAACAUAUUCAAGUCAAGAUGGUUAGGUUUGGGAAAAAGUUGACGGCCGGCCAAGUUCCAAAGUGGAGAGGGUACGAUUCAGGGUUUUUUUCCACCUUGUACUGACCUGUAUCAUUGAGUUCUCUAAAUAUUCUGUCAACUGCUUUUGAUGAAACUUAUCUUGAUUUCUUACCAUGUUUACUGAACAAGAAGAUGAAGAAACAUUGCAAUAAUUGAACAUUGCAAUUGAGUGCCCAUCUAAUUGGUGUAAAAAAUUUGCACACUUGGCUACCAAUUUUUUAACAUUGCAUUGUUGAUUCAAUGUUUACAGUUACUAUAUAAACUACAAGCUGAUGAAGAAGAAAGUAAAACAAUAUGGGCAGCAACUCCAACAGGGAGAGAAAGACCAUCACCGUGUUCUCAAGGAUUUCUCAAAGAUGCUUGAUGAUCAGGUAAUGCUAAGAGAUGGAUCUCUGCCAAUUCAUUACUUCAUUCUCCCUGAUCUGAGUUUAACCUGCAGACUUUAGCUUUUGUCUGGUGUGGACAGUGCAGUGACAGGGGUUGCAGCCUUGUGGGGUCUAAUACAUGUUUCUUACUGCAGCUUUAAGCUUCGCUGUCAUCUAACUCUUUCUAGUUAAUUUUUGUUAUCUGUCUUUGAACCUAUAAAAAUGCUAACUCUUUCUAGUUAAUUUUUGUUAUCUGUCUUUGAACCUAUAAAAAUGGGUGAUCUGUACACUUGUCAUCUCCUACAUUUGUUUCCUGAACAUGUCUAAAGCUUUUAUAAGAAAUGCAGUUUUGAGCUCA